AUUGGUAGUUUAUCGCCUUCCUCCCAUAUACACGUGGAACAUGGCAGAGAAAAUUUAGGAACAUGGCAGAGAAAAUUUAGCACCAAGAUAGAGAGAAAAAUAACCCAAACCCAAUUUGGUCUUCACUCCUCACUCAACUGAACUGUUGGGUAUCAAAAUUCACAAUCACCAGGGUUUUUGUUUUGGGUUUUACUUCAAGAUUUAGAUUUUGGGUGUUGAAAUUGAAGUGUAGAUAUGAGUUUGUAAGCAAGUUUCAGCGGAAGAAAAUGAAAGGGUUGGUUAUUGAGACGACACCGUCAUCAAGAAUUUCAAUGGCAAAGCUUCCAUUAUUGGCUUUGGCACCUUGCUAUGCCGUUAUUUCCAGAAGACCCAUCUCAAAUUCUCCUCCAUUAAGAUGUAGUGAACUAUCAAGGUUGAAAUCUACGCGUGGAAAAAUCAAAGGACAUGCAUCUACUGCUGGUAUUGGACCUGGGAGUUUUGAAGAGAGCGAGGGAAAUAAUGAGCAAAAAACAUUUCUUGACAAUCCACAAAGUGACAAUGCAUCUGAUAUUGGAAAGCCUCCUAAUCAACUUCCAUAUGUUCUCUCUCUAGUCUCUGUGCUUUGUGGAUGUGCUUUUGUGUAUUCACUUGUUGCCUUUGUGAAAGGGGGACCUUCAUCAAUUUUAGCAGCAAUUGCAAAGUCUGGCUUCACUGCUGCAUUCUCAUUGAUAUUUGUUUCAGAAAUUGGCGACAAGACAUUCUUCAUUGCAGCACUCUUGGCGAUGCAAUAUGAAAGAGGACUGGUUCUUUUGGGGUCCAUGGGCGCUCUUUCAUUUAUGACAGUCCUUUCGGUCAUAAUAGGACGGAUAUUUCAUUCAGUGCCUGCUCAGUUUCAGACAACAUUGCCUAUUGGAGAAUAUGCAGCCGUGACUCUUUUGAUGUUCUUUGGCCUCAAAUCAAUAAGAGAUGCGUGGGACCUUCCAUCAAAAGAAGGUAAGAGUGGUGAAAAGAACAGCUCUGAACUUGGUGAAUAUGUCGAAGCUGAGGAGCUCGUGAAGGAAAAGGCGUCCAAGCGACUAUCAAAUCCACUCGAAAUUGUGUGGAAGUCAUUAAGCCUUGUAUUUUUUGCUGAAUGGGGAGAUCGCUCGAUGCUAGCAACAAUUGCUCUUGGUGCUGCUCAGUCUCCUUGGGGUGUGGCAAGUGGGGCCAUUGCAGGACAUCUUCUUGCAACAUCAAUUGCCAUUCUCGGAGGAGCAUUUCUCGCUAACUACAUCUCUGAAAAACUGGUUGGCUAUUUGGGUGGAGCACUGUUUCUGGUUUUUGCUGUAGCCACAUUUCUAGGAGUGUUCUGAUACUGUUUUGGGGAGUCGUUGGAAGAAAGAAAUCGAGAGCUGAUGUACCUAAAUACGACUUGGAAUUAGGUAUUAGAGAUAGGGCAGAGAAUAAAGAUCACAAAACUCCUAUCGAAGAAGGCACAUGCACAUCAUGUAUUUUUAAGCACAAUGAGAUUAGUUACAGUUGUUGUUGUAGCCAUAAGUCUGUUUGAUAGCAACUUAUAGCAAGCUUUACCGUUAUUAAUGUCAAUCUUUAAUUCAUCA